AUGGUCAAGUACCAAUAUAUAGCCGAUGAAAAAGCAAGAAACGAGACCUUGAAGAAGCGAAAACCAAACCUGAUAAAGAAGAUGAAUGAGCUCAAGAGCUUAUGUGACGUCGAUGCUUGCCUUAUCAUGUACGACAAAAAUGGUGCUGCACCAGAAGUUUGGCCUAAUCCUCUCGAAGCUGAGCGUGUGCUUCACAAGUUUCAAGAAGCAACGACCGGGGCUCCGGCAAGCGCUACGCUUGAUCAGAUCGCGUUUCUCCAGAAAAGCAUAUCAAAGAUGAAGAAGCAGCUGCAGAAGGAGAAGGAGAAAAACCAGAGACGUAUGAUGCUAAGAAUGUUGUUUGAUAAGGAUGCACCUAGUCCGCAGACUCCAGAGGAGUUGAAAAUCUUGCUUGCUACGAUUGAUCGUGAGAUCAAGGUGGUCGAUCGUCUGAUCGAGGAAGCGAAGGGCAAAGAGAUCAGUCUGGAUCUUUCUUUAUAA